UAUACUUUCUAUCAAAGCUCACUAUGGCUGUGCAAAUAUUUUAUUGAGCAGCAAAUUUGGGCGCCGCCGAAGCAAUGGGAAAAUCGAUUAGAUCGAAGAGGGAGAAGAGGCUGAGGUCGAUUAGGAGGGAGAUGGUUGAGCCGAUUAACGACAAGAAGGACGCCGCCAAGCUAGCCAUCCAGGAGGCCGCCCUCGCCGCUCCCAAGCUCCCAGUUAAACCCACCCGCGCCGACGACGAUGCCUCCGUCUCUAUCGCCGCCAUGGAAGUCGAGACUGCUGCGGAUGAUAAUCAGAGUUCCAAAUUCCUCAAACCUAUUGGAAACAAGCUCAAGAAGAAGAUUAAGAUUGUCAAGAAAAAGUCCCACGGCAAGGGAAAAAUCAGAAGGAAAAACGUGUAAUUUUGAUGCUAGAUUUCUCCCCUUUUGAAGCCUUUAUUUAUUUAUUUAUUAAUGUUUCGAUGCUACUUCUGCUGAAUUGAUGUGAGGUAAUGUGAUAGCCAAUUUGUUCAUGGAACAAAAGAAAACAAGUCCACUGACGGAACAAGCGUAGCCAGCCUCAGUUCUCCGCCAUGGCAGCCCAUAGAUUUGUGUAUGUGAGAGAGAAUGUCUAUGUGAAGAUGAAGAGAUUACCAAUUGAAAGGAAAUUGUAAAAGUAAAUAGGUAGAAAUAAUAGGUAUGUCCUAGGACUAUUGUAAAGUCAUCAUUGCA